UCUAAAGAUCAACAUGAAGAGAACUCGCCUAUCAGAGAAGUGGCCCUCACGGUCUCGAUCACGGACGAUCCCUCUCUCCCGGUCCUCACGUUCCGUAUGUGGCUUCUCGGCACAUUCUCAUGCAUUCUCCUUUCCUUCCUCAAUCAGUUCUUCUGGUACCGUACGGAGCCGCUCUCCAUAACCGCCAUCUCGGCCCAAAUAGCCGUAGUCCCAUUGGGCCAGCUCAUGGCAGCUAAGAUCACGGCCCGAGUUUUCUUCAAGGGGACGAAAUGGGAAUUUAGUCUCAACCCAGGCCCGUUUAACGUCAAGGAGCAUGUUUUGAUCACCAUAUUCGCUAACUCUGGCGCGGGGACAGUGUACGCCAUUCACGUCGUGACAGCUGUCAAGGUGUUCUACAAGAAGAACAUCUCGUUUUUCGUGCGUCUACCACCUCCUGCAACCAAGAAACAGAAAAGAUCUUCAAAUGUACUUACAUAA